CGCGUCGCCCCCCGCCUCGCGCAGAGGACGGACGAAACGAUGAUGUCCAGCGAGGACGCGGACGCGGUCGGGGUCGCGGACGCGACGCCGCCGCCGCCGCCGGCGGCGCCGCCGCUGAACCCGCCGCCGCCGCUGUACUCCAGCCUCGUCCUCGACGACCCGACGCCCGCGCCGACGACGACGUCGAGCUCUGAGAUCGCGCCCGCGGCGUCGCCGCUCGCGGCCCCCGUCGCGCCGACGCCGCCGCCCGCGACGACGCCCGCGACGCCGCCGGGGAUCGAACCGCCGACGUCGUCGUCCGCCCUCGGCGGCGGCGGCGGCGGCGGGAUUGCGCCCGCGAUCCUCGUGACCGACCCGGUGAAGGUUGGCGAUGGGGUCGGCGCGUACGCGCGGUACGCCGUCGUCUCCCGCGGCUUUAGCGACGCCGCGAGUAGUACGAGCGCGAGUACGAGCACGACAGGCACUCCUACGCCUACGCCUUCGAACCCUACGCCCACGACGCACAGCGUCACGCGUCGGUUCUCCGACUUCACGCGGCUGCGCGAUCGCCUCGUGGCGACGUACCCCGGCGUGGUGCUCUACCCGCUCCCGGAGAAGACGGUGACGACGGCGGCGUUUCAUCCCGAGUUUUUACGCCAGAGAGCCGCGGGCCUGACGCUGUUCAUGUCCAAGCUCGCGACGAACCCGAUCGCGGCGCCCUCGGACGAGCUCCGCGCGUUCCUAUCGACGCAAGAGAUGCCCGAAGACGCGGAGGCGGCGUGGUACAACCGCGGCGCGACCGGCACGGCGCUCAGCGCCGCGGGGGGCUGGUGGAACCAACUCACCGCGGCGACGGAAGCCGCCGUCGCCGGCGCGAAAGUCGAGACGCUCCUCGCGGAGGAGGACCCCAAGUACCUCGCGGCGACGGAGUACCUCCUGACGAUCGAAGAGCGGCUGAAGAAGCUCUGCGCCGCGAGCGACGCCGUCAUCGCGAGCGCGUGCCACGUCGGCGCGGCGGCGGCUACCUUCGGCGAACGCGCGACGCGGCUCGGCGAGUGCGAAGAGAAGGGCGCCAAGGUGCUGUUGGGCGCGGAGGCCGGGGGGUUGGGGCAGGCGUUCACGCAGGUGGGAGGCGCGGCGGCGUCGCUCAAGGCGCCGACGGACGCGAGCGCGCGAUCGCUCGCGGACGCGUUCCGGGAGCCCCUGAAACGCGCGUUGGAGUUGACGCGCGUCGCGAAGGAAACCAUCGACCUGCGCUCGGACGCGCUCAUGAGGCUGACGACGGCGAAGAAGCGCGCUACGGAGAAGAGGGCGCUGCACGAGGCGAAACUGCGCGAGCCGCCGCCGCCGCCGCCGGCGCCGCCGUCAAACGGGUUCUUCGGCGUCCUCUCCGCGGUCACCGCGAAGCUCUCCAACGCGACGACGUCGACGGUCGAGGAGCUCAAGGCGGAGGCGGACGCCGCGGAGGCGGCGCUGGUGGAGGCGGACGAGCGGUUCGAAGGGAUGAAGACGAGGAUGCGAACGGAGCUCCCGCGGCUGCACGCGGAUUUAGAGCGAGAGAUCAACGACGCGUUUACCGCGGCGGGGGAGACGUUGUCGGAGAUGGCGCGCGCAAACGCGGACGCGUGGGAGCGAGUCAUGCCGGGGUGUUCUGACGUCGCCUCGUGAGAACACGGUGGGCGGAGAGACGCGCCGGGCAAAGUCCUUAAGGAUCGGCGUUCACCGCGCGAACGGGGUCGUAUGGGGACCAGCGUGAUCGUCGUCUUUUGAAGACGAGGAUGCGAGAGCGAACGACGACGACGAAGACGCGUUCGCGACCGGCGCGCGCGCGAGGAGCGAAACGAAGCGACGAUAGACGACGACUGACGUUGUGACGAAACCAUUCUUGAAC